CUACCUCCACGGACAGCCCAAAUGUAGUAAGGCGGUAUGUCAUAAUAAAAACCUGUUUCGUCGACGUUGUUCGUGCACUCUUUUUUGUAGGCGCUGUACGAUCGAUGAAAGUCGAGAGAAAAAUCGUCGCGAAUCUCGGCUAGGUCGCCUUGACUCUUUUUGCACUUUCCUGAUCUUUGGCGAGGGAACCCAUGUCGUUGACAGAAGCGAUGAAGCAACUGCAGGAUGGAGUUGUAGCCCGAGCCAGACUUCAUUGUCAUGAGGGCACGCUCUGCGUUGCGCAACUCAUUGAUGAAUUAAACAAGGCCUGGUGGGUCCGGGAACACUUCGUGGCGGCCGCCUGGUUGCGCUUCUUGUUUCCAUCGAAGGCAAGCAACUCAGUCCGCUGGCUGUACCAGCUUCGCACAGUUCUCCUUGGAACUCCAAGCUCGACAGCGACCUUUGUGUCGUUCAUGGUCUCAAGUAUCCUCAAGGCCUCGAGCUUGAAGGCAAUCGAAUGCAUGAUGCAUGUCAUUGUUUUAUUGCAAACUACCAAAUUGGCUUCCGUCAUUUUUUUAAGUCCCAAGUUUGGCGGGAGAAUAAAAAUUUAUCCAAUCACGUGUUGAUAUUUAUGAGAAUUUAUUCUAUUGGACAAGAGAAAUGUCGUAGGGUUGCAAACUUCGGUUGGCCUUGCAUUCCGUAGUUGCCUGUACAAACCUUGAUGAUUUAUUGAGUUUGGAUUAUCAUUUUUACUGGUACUUCGAAGUAUUUUAUUACGAGU